AUGACAACGAACGGUGACAUGACAAAUGAUUUCAAGCGUGCCUCUCCAAAGUUCAGCGAGCUUUUACACGCUGCUUCACACUCCCCUGGCGACAAAAGCGUCCUGGACGUUUGGCCUUCCGAGUACCCAAGCACGUCGGAGACGGACAAUGACGAUGACGAUGAGGAGGAAGAGGAUCACGAUAUUCAAGGUCAAGAUGACGGUGCAGUCGAAGCUUUCCAUCCUGAGACCACUGCUGGUCGUUCAUGCCGCUCUCCUGGAUGUUUAACAUCCGCUCGGAGUCGUGGACAAUGUCCAACACAUGGCACAGGAGUACGUUGCCGUGUACAAGGCUGCAUGAAGCACGUCGUAUCUGGAGGCUUGUGUGUGGGCCAUGGUGGAGGUCGAAGAUGCCGUGCGUCGCCUCGUUGCACCAGCAGUGCUGUUAGUCAUGGACUCUGCGUGCAACAUGGUGGUGGACGCAAGUGCAAUGAAGAAGGUUGUAACAAGCACGUGGCUUCUGGUGGCUUGUGUCGGACGCACGGAGGUGGACGCCGUUGUCAAGUUUCAGACUGCACAAGCAGUGCCCAAAGCCGAGGUUUAUGCUACGUUCAUGGUGGUGGAGGACGGUGUCAACGAGAAGGAUGCGGAUCCAGUGCCAAGAAAGGCGGUCUUUGUAUUGCACACGGCGGAGGCCACCGCUGCCAAGUUGUCGGGUGUGCAAGCAGUGCGGUGAGUGGUGCUCGUUGCCGAGCUCACGGAGGUGGUCGUCGAUGUGCAGUCAAAAGCUGUACUAGCAGUGCGAAGACUGGCGGACGAUGCAUUGCACACGGUGGUGGAAAACGGUGCACGGUCGAUGGCUGCACAAGCAGUGCCCAACGUCUGGGAUUAUGCAAAGCUCACGGAGGCGGAAGACGAUGCGUUGCAGAGAAUUGUGCCAACAGCGCUGUGAGUCGAGGUCGCUGUAUUGCCCACGGUGGUGGCAAGCGAUGCGUCUUUGAAGGGUGCACUACGACUGCACGCAAAGGAGGGUUUUGCUUUGCUCACGGCGGACGGUCCACGUCGUCAUCGAUGAGCAUCAAAAGCAAAUUGGUUGCCCACCCGUCACCGUCGCCAUCGACUCCGGCGACUGCACUUGGCAGGCCGCCUUCCUAUUCAACAGCCGGAGUGUGCUCGCCGAUUCCAGCACUCUCCCUACCUCCGCGCAGACUACUUCCACCCAUCAACACAAUGCUUAUUGCCAACCGGCCAGGAAGCCACCGUCAUUACCAGUACACACAGAUUCCACCGAUUCGCGUGCCUGUUGUGUCGCUUGAGCGAGGAAGAGAACGGCGGUCGAACGGCGCGCAAAACGCGUUUGAUGGAGGCUGGUCCGGGACCUUGAAUCGUGGAAUUGCAAAGCAGCCUGUCUAUCUCGACUUUCAGGACCAAGCACCGCAGCGUCCUCCGACUCCUGUGUUAUCUUCAACUCGGGCCGGUUACUCGUGGCAGCGACUUCAAGAAACGAUUCGUCGCGAAUCCCGAGUGCACGGCAUCACGAAAGACGACGAUGAAGCAGCGUAUGAAGACAAGUCGACUUGUAAGGCAGGAGAUCAUGAACGGCAGAUGGAUGGCGUACUGGAGACUGGCAGCAGAUUUUACCGGACUCGAAGCCGGGGCUCGAUCGUAUGA